AUGGAGAGAUCAAGAGCUGUUCUCCUCACUCUCGCCUGUGUUUUGUUCUCCAGGAUCUCCGGAGCAGAAGUGGAGAUGAGAUUCAGACCAGGAGACAACGUGGUCCUCUACAGCGACUGUGUUUCAGAGACUAGAUCCGUGGUUUGGUUUCAAAACUCCUCAAAUGAGACCAAACCUCCUCUCAUCAUCUCGGGAGACACUUUGAUACAGGCCGCUUUUUCACGUUACUCUUUUGUGUGGAAUCCCUCCAACAAAACUCAUGAUCUGCUGGUGAAGAACAUCACGGAGUCAGAUCUGGGUCUGUACUACUGCGCUGUUCAGGAGAUAAAGUCCAUCAAAGAUAGAACUGGAGCAGAUGUUCGUGCAGAUGUUUACCAACGUGGAAACAGAACCACUCGACUCUCUCUGCUUGACUCGACUGCUCCUUGUGCUGAUCUCCAGACCCCCUCCACCCCUCCUGUCUCAGACUGUAGCGUCUGCUGGAAGCUGCUGGUCAGUGUGUGUCCUCUGUGUGUUCUCCUGUCCUCCACCUGUCUGUGCUGCAUCUGCAGAUACACAACUAAAGUGGAGAAAGAAGACAAGAAGAAGAGCGAGAGAGCACAACAUCAGAAAUGUAGAAGUGAUGAGGUUGGGGAAGAUGGGGUUUGUUACGCCUCGUUGGACCACCAGAACAGAGGACAGAAACGCCUGAAGAAGAAGAGAGUUGAGAGCUCAGACUUCAGCACAUAUUCGGAGGUUAAAACUGAGCAGAUGUAAAAAGGAGAGUUGGAUUUAUGACAUUUUGCUGGCGGAGGAGCUCUGGUGACAGAGUCAUGAACAGAAUCAAGUAACCUCAACAGAUUUAGUGGACUAAACUCAGGGUCUUUUAAAUGUCCGUUUCCUCUGUUGUUGGACGCCUUCAGUUUGCUAAGUUUUUGAUAUUUAAGCCAUUAAAGUUUUUCUUUUUCUAGUUACUCUUCAGUUUGAUGUGCUAACUCAAACAUUUUUGCUCCGUUACUCCUUACUCUUCCUCAAUCCCUCAGGGACCGCUCUUCU